AUGAAAGUUAUGUUAGCACGAGAGGUACUUUCAGAACCAACGGCUAAGGCAAUGGAAGAUCCAUGUUUUCCAUACACUAAAGAUGAAACUUCAUUCACUCGCAAAUACAUAAGAAUGUGUGACCGGCUCUUCAGAAUUAUGAAUUCAGUUUCUCUUCAUCCAAACUACAUGCAAGAGCUCCUGUCUGUACUACUGUUUUUUAAAAGGUGGCAUGAUGAGACUGAGGAAAAGGUGAAAUCAUAUUCUAGCAAGGAUGAAAAAAAGGCAGUGAGGAAGCAGUUUAUUCCUGUGAAAACAUAUAAUGAUUUCCUUGUCUUGAUUCGCGGUACAAUUGCUUUAAUUGGUUUUGUGAAGAUAAACUUUCCUCAUAUCAACAUUGUCCCAAAAAGCCUAUAUCAAGAUGAUGUUGAAAAUUAUUUUUCACUUGUCAGAGGCCGUGAAGUGUCACCAACUGUUCAACGAUAUAUGGAAAUUCGACAAACCCUUGACAUUGAUUUUGGCAUAACUCAGGAACUUGGUCUUCUAGAUGGUUCUUCUAGUUCUUAUGAAGGUCCUGCAGUUUCUCCACAGCCCCUUCACCUAAUGAAAAAUCAAAAUAGAAAGGGUAAGACAGUAGAACGUGCUAAUACUGUAUGCACUAUUAAGCAAAUGAUAUCGCAAAAUCAAGCUAAUUGUGAAGAAAUCUUGGUAGGAGAAAAAUGUCCAGCUUUGCCUAGCUAUAGUGAAGAUCAAAAGAAAAAACUUGAAUGCCAGUGCCUGGAAAUUCUUACCAUCAUUGAGCAAUCUUUGCCUACAACGGUAAUAAACUCAACACAUUUAGUACUUGACUCCCUUUCAGAUUCAGUGAAUCGUUCUUAUGUAAUGAAUUUCAACAUGCUUCUGGACCAGAAACUUAAAUCAGAAUACUUUAACCUUAAAAGCUUCCAUAAGGACACAUACAACACUGCAUGGACACAACUUCUUCUAGACAAACACUUAUAUUGUUGGUGGUCUUCUUUGUGUAAUCUUAUCUGUGGAGGAAGUAAUGCCACUGAAGAAGCCAUGGAAUUAUAUUUAAGAAAGUUUGUUAAGCGAAGGUGUGUAUAUCAUUUAAUGAAAGAGGAUUUAUCUCCAUUAUCUGGCCACACUGCUGCAAUAAGAACUAAACUAACAAGAACAGCAAUAAAGAAUGAAUCACCAAAAGAGGCUGCCCCAACAGAUUUAUGUAGGAGAUGUAACAUGUUAGGACACUGGGCGAAGAAUUGUACUAAUCCACCAGAACCGGAAUGGCUUGCCAAGCAGGAAUGCUACAAAUGUGGAAUAAAGGGCCAUUUAGCUGCACAAUGUUCUAACACAAGGACCAGGAUACCUCCAAUAAAUGUGCUACUGACACCAAAGGCAUAA